AGGCAUGCCGGGAAUGGUAGUCUGCGUGGGCAUGCGGGCGCCGGGCUGAUCCACGGCCGGGACUACAAUUCCCGUCAGUCUCGGGGGGUGUCCAGGGGCGGGGCGCCGGUGGCGGGAGGGCUCCCUCACAGCGGGCAGCCGCGUGGGUGCCCCGCUGGGCGGAGAGCCGCGGCCCGUUCCCCGCUGAGGCCGCCGUGCUCGCGUCCCCUUCCUGCUUGAGGGGUGGGUCGAGUCUAAUGAGAGCGGCGCUGAUUGGCUUGGAGAGACGCCCCCUCUUGGCGCCAGCCAAUAGGCGCGCGGGACACUGCGGCGGGUGUGAAGCCGGGCAGAGGAGCACGAUGUUCCUGGUGGGACUCUCGGGUGGGAUCGCAUCGGGGAAGAGCACGGUGGUGGCCGUGCUGCGGGAGCUGGGCUGUGCCGUGAUCGAUGCCGAUGUCAUUGCCAGGCAGGUGGUGCAGCCCCACUCCAAGGCCCAUCAGCAGAUCCUGCAGCACUUUGGCACCGAGAUCCUCCUGGAGAACGGCGAGAUAAACCGUGAGGCUCUCGGAAAUAUUAUCUUCUCUCAGCCAGAGAAACGGCGGCUGCUGAACUCCAUCACCCACCCUGAGAUCAUGAAGGAGAUGCUGAAGCAGGUCCUGAAGUACUUUGUACUCGGCUACCACUACGUGAUCCUUGACAUCCCUCUGCUCUUUGAGACCCGUGGAUUGACCAGGUUUAUGAAAUACACAGUGCUGGUUUAUUGUGACCCCCCGACGCAGCUGGCGCGGCUGAUGAAGAGGAACGGGCUGGGCGUGGCUGAGGCCGAAGCUCGGAUCAGCUCGCAGCUGCCCCUGGACGAGAAGCGCAAGUGGGCGACGCAUGUCAUCGACAACUGCGGGGACCGGGAGAGCACCCGGCGGCAGGUGCUGCGCCUGCACGCCCACCUGGAGGAUUCCCUGCACUUCCUCUGGGCGCGGCUGGCCGUGGGCGCGGCUGUGGCCGGGCUCGGAGGGCUGGUGUUCCUCCUCAUCCGGCAUUUCAUCUCUUAAUUCACCUUUUCUCUUAGUCAGGGAAGGGGCCUGAAUUUCCCUCUUUGAAAAGGGCAGUGAAAGGCCACCUCUGUUAAUGAGCUUUGCCAGCUGAAUGCAGACAGCGGUAUGAGGCGUCUCCUUGCACACUUCCCAAGGUGAACACAGCCAGAGGUUUUUUCAGGCACAUUCUCCCUGCUCAGGUUCUCACCCACCAGCUGUACCUGUGGGAUGAGGCCCUUGUCCCAUUGUGGGUCUCUAUUGUGGGUCUUCAGUGACAUGAGGCACUUUAAUCUGGGACAAUCUCACUUUAAUCGGGUACAAUCUCACUUUAAUGUCUUCCAGGACAAUCUCCUCCCUAGGGCUGGGUGCCUUCUCAGGCACCGUUAUUGCCUCCAGUGUCCCUUGGGUGAUUCCUCAUAGCUCACCCCUCCUAAUCCAAAUUUAGACUUGAAAUUUCCCCUCUUUCAUUGUGAUUUGAUGGAAAUUUGUUAAAUCAGCGAGGGGGAGGACAGCACCUCGUUCACAUGGAUCAGGUGUUCAGAUGGCUGCUCCUCCCCCCUGCCCUCUCCUUCUGUGGCCAUCACUUGUGAGUCACCCUUGGCUUUGGAUCCAAGGCUCUGUAGCAGGCUGGGCUCUACCUCGUUCAAACUCAUUUCCUGCUGUUUGAGCUUCCUUCGGCGGCAGUUUCCCGGUGGGAGAGCCGAGCCUGGGCGAGGCGGGUCUUGGGUCUUCACUUUUGUUUUAAUAAAACACUGAACAGCAGCUGCUCCGCAUCCCGCGGCUGCUCCCGCGGCUCCUCCCAGCCUGCUCCCAGCUUGUUCCUAUGCCGGGGCACGGCUGCACUCUGUAAAGUUCAGCACACGCAGGAAGAGCUGCCGGCCGCUCCUGCUUUUCCCAGUAAACAUCCCUGAGCUGCUCCAGGAGCUGCUCGGAGCAGCAGCCCUUCCACGACCUUCCCGGGGGGGGGCUGUGGCUCAGUGUUGGCUCUGGGCACCCCACGGGGUGGGUCUGCCUUUCUUGGAUGUGAUCCUGGACCUGCUGUGGUUCUCUGUGGCCGGCACAGGGUUCCCUCUGGGGUACCCCUUUCACCACCGCUUGUCCCCACACUUUGAGAAAGGUGGGUGCUGCCAGCCCCUGCACAUGAUGAUCCCUGGCGUCCUCCAGCAUGCUCCCACCCUCCUGCCUGGCUUUGGUCCUGUGAGGCAGUGUCCUGCGUGUCCCCUGUGCCAUCCUUUAGGCACGGGGACCUUCCCAGGGUGUCCACAGCCAGCACGUGCCCCUUUUUGGGGCCAGACACUCGUCCACCCCCGUCCUGAGUCCCAGUCUUCACCUGCCUGGGUGAGGUCCCAUGUCUCACCCGCCUGGAGAGAGACCCGGUGGUCCCUGUGCAGCCCCAGGGAGCAUCCCCGAGCUGGAGCGCCCUGCUGGCUACCCCGGUUC